AUGUGGCUUCGGGAUAUAUCCCCUCGCUGUGAGCAGUCCCCCGAUGUCAUGCGAAGGGGACUUUUGCAGCUGAGAUACCUUGAUGAUGCCAAGAAGUUAGAUGCUACAAAUUCUGACCACCAUUUAAGUGAUGUUGAGGAUGUUUGUUUCCUCGGGGAAGUGGAAUAUGUGCUAAGGGAUUUCCAAGAUGAAGAGCCCGAGGAAAGACAAGCUGGUUUUUAG